AUGACUAAUCGACCACGGAGGAGCGGCGCAACACAGACAUUCGCUGUCCCUGACGAAGAUGACAUUUAUAACAACUCACCAGCAUCGAUUACACUAUUAGAAGAGGAGUUUAGGCCUGUAGAAGACACCAACAGCCCCAGCUUCUCCGAUAAUAAUAUUAACGAGACACUCGCCGCCUUCUUCUACGACGCCAACAGCAACAGCAACAGCAUUCUAACAGUAGAGAGCUAG